AUGCACUGCAGCGUAUCGCUGCUGCUGCCUUUGAGGCCGUUUGCUCCCCAUGGGAAGAAACAGCGAGGGGUUCUCCUGAAGGUCUAUGAGUUUCCCUCUUCUUCGCCCUUGUGCGGUGCAUCUGCUGCUGGUGCUGUUUCUGCUGAUGCUGGGGGCGCCGCAGUAGAAACCACACCAGAAGCAGCAACACCAGCAGAAACCACACCGGAAGCAGCUACACCAGCAGCAGCAGCAUCAGCAGCUGCAGCGCUCUCGGCGAUUGUGUCGCAAGUGGAGUCCUUGGAAUCUGCAGCAGUAAGCUGCUCUCUUCAGACACCUUCGGGUGUAUGCACAUCUGAGGAGGUGCGGCGGGCCACAUCGACACUAAAGACCCUUACAAGUUUGCUCUUGCAGAUGCUGCAGUGGCGCUCUGUGCCUUCUUCUCUCCUCUCAGCUUCUCACGACAUCCUGCUGCGCUCAACGACCCUUUUCCAUCAAUGGACGCAUUCAAAUACCCAAAAAACUCCAAAACAAAGGGGCCUCCAAGGGGGCCCCCAACAAGAUUUCCAGAGGGGCCCACAUAGGGGGCCCCCCCGAGGGGGCGGCUUGACCCAGGGGGCUUCUUUGGAGGGUUCUUGCCGGCAGGGGCCCCCGCCCAGCAGCAACGAACUUCUACUGCUGCAGAACGCGUGGCACAUAGCUAGUGGUUAUCUUGAAACUCUGCAGCAGUUGCAGCAACAGCAGCAGCAGCAGCAGAAGGUGAUGCAGCUGCUGCUGCAGCGCAAAGCUGGCGACUCCACUUUUGCACUAAUGCUGGCCGACGAUCUGCUGCUGCUGCAGCAAUACCGCCGCGACUGCCUUUCGAAUCUUGCUACGCGCAUUUCGUCUCUGACCGGCAGAACAGCAGAAACGCAGCAAACGCAGCAGCAGCAGGUGCCAUGGGAUAUCGCUCAUCUCCAGCGUGCCCAUGGUGUGUCUGCUGCAGAGACAGCCGCAGCUGCUGCGGCACUGCUGCAGCAGGGAGUGGCUGCAGCAACGGUGCUUCGGGUGGCAUCCUCCUUAUUGAGCCCCUUCCAAGGUGCCUGUACACCUGGCGAGUCGCAUGCACCAUUCUCUUUAGACCGAUCUGCUGCAGGGCAAGGUUUAGCUGAAGGUACUGCAAAUACAGAGACCAGCAAGAUACAGACUGUUUCCACAACGGCAGCAGCUGCAGCGGCACCUCCCACCCGUAAUCUCGGCGCAGCAACGCAUCUGCUGCUGGCCCGAGCCUUUGCUGAAGAAGGUUGCAGCAGCCGAGCACAGCAGCAACUCGUCAUGGCGCUUAGGGGCUCCCAAGAAGGGGGGGGCUCUGCCGCAAGUAAUACUAUCAACGAGACAUCUUCCAUCCAGGGGGUACCCAAGCACGGAGAAGAGGCAAUAGGAGAGACCCUGCAGCGUGAUGCGGUUGCUGCUGCAGUUUCUGUUGCUGCAGCAGCAGUGAAGGAUGGGGAGCUGGAGAGGGCCUGCGCUGCUCUGCAGCUACUUCCUGUUUGUGUCUCCCUCCGUUUCUUCCGCACCUUGCUGCCCGUCUCUCUUGAGCUGUCGCGUCGCCUGUUGUUGCAUGAGGGCCCAUUUGGGGACCCCUUAAUUGGCCUGGUAGCGCAACAUUUUGCUGCUUCUGCGCUGCUCGCCAGGGAGGCCCUGCAGCAGGGAGAGGGGCUGGAAGCAGCAGCAGCUGCACUGCAGCAGAGCCAAAUGGCUAUAGCUAGGUGGGCCCUGCUGCCUGUGUUGGGCCCUGCUGUCUCUGCUGCUGCCUGCAAGCUGGUGGACACGGUGUACGUACACCUGAAAAGCUUGCUAACUUCACGCCCCCCUCCGGUGGAUCUCUCGCUGCAGCAGCAGCAGCUCCUUGCGGCCGCUAUCGAGGCCCUCUUCGCUGGUGGGGCUACGCAGCAGCAACAGGGUCAGGAACUGCUCUCCCUUGCUGCUUUUGCAGCUGCAGAUACGAAGAUAACGGAAAAUAAAGGACAGCAGCAUCAACAACAGCAAAAAGGGGGAUUAGGAGUAGGAGAGGGGAUGAGCCAAGAAGGAGAAACAACAACAGCACAAACGAGAAGAGAUACAACAAAAAAACAGAGAGAUUCCGCGCGUUGUCUCAUUGCUGCUGCUUUUAUAGGGCUUGGAAACGCUGCACAAUCACUUUUGAGAGAAGCCGAAACAGCCGCAGUAGCUGCAGCAGCAGCACCAGCACCAGGCGCUGCAGAAGCGUUAUACACUGAAGCUAAGGAUGCAACGGCGGCAGACAGAGCAGCUGCAACUGCUGCUGCAGCACCUAGGCCAGCAGCUACAGGCGCAUCAGCAAGCGCACCAACCAUCUUCGAGAACGUCACUCCUCAACCACCAGCAGCAGCAGCGGCAGCAGCAACAGCAGCAGCGGUAGCAGCACCAGCGAUAGCAGCGACGGCACCAAUAACAAAAGUAGCAACAGCCGAAGCAGCAGCAGCAAGAGCAGCAACAGCAGCAACGCCAGAGAGAGCAGCAACAGCAGCAGCAGCAGCAGAAGUAGCAGCACAAGCAGCACGACUAAAAAGCCUUGCACGCUGGCUGCAGUCGUUGGCUGCGGCGUUCACGGGAGAAAUGCCAUAUGAGGUUGUCGUUGCUGCAGGGCAGGUGAUGCUUGCAACGUCUCGUUUAGGCGUACUGUCUGAAGAGACAGGAUCUGCUGCUCCUGCUAACUCAGCCACGAUUGCCUCUCUUCAACAACCCAUACAGCGGAAGAGAGUAGCUACAGCAACAGCAGCAGCAGCAACGGCGGCGGCAACGCAGCAGCAGCACCAGAAGCAAAGGCCGACGAGCUGUCAAGACACACCGAUGGUAGUAGAGAGGCAGCAGCAACUGCUGUCGCUCCUGCGGCGGCAGCAGCAGAAUGGCGAUGCAGCAGCUGCGCUGCUUCUGCUGAAGACGCAUGUGGAUCUUGCUGCAGCAGCAGAAGCAGCACUGGAUACUGCAGCUGACAGGGUCGUAGGCAGACAGGCAACGGAUGAAAACAAAAGCAAAGACAAAGACGAAAAAAAAGACAAGGAUAAGGGGAGAGAAGGCAACAUCAACAUAGAAAGAGACAGCCUCGCUCACUCUAUCAAUAGUGCAUUGGCUGCCAGGCCCAGCAUGGACUGCUUCUACUUCGCUGCUGCUGCUGCUGCUGCUGCAGCAAAUCCGGCUGCUGCGCUUGAGGUUGCUGCGCUGCAAGAGAAGUUCAGCGGCAGCCGCUGGGUGAAGACCUACAACGCUGCCAUCAAGGCUUCUGUUGCUGCUGUCUCCUCUAUCUUUCCUGGAGGCCUAAUAGCUCCUUUUUCACGUGCUUCUCGCGCUGUCUCUUCUGUCUCUCCUGCCCCCCUCGCUGCCUCCCCCUCUGUCUCUAUCUGUGCUGCUGCUCCUGCUGCUGCUCCUGCUGCUCCUCCUGCUGCUGCUCCUGCUGCUGCUUCUGGCGUCCUAAAAGAGGAUCCUGUUGCUGCACUGCAGCGCGUGUCCUCAGCAGCACUUGAGGUGUACACACAGCUGCGCUCGAAGGGCCCCCUUCCCAACUACAACACCUUCCUCUUGACUGCUCGCCUUCUUUCAGCAUUCACGGCAGCUGUUGUUGCUGCUGCUCCUGUUGCUACAGCUUCUGCUGCUGCUCAUCAUGAACUCCGCAGGGAUACUACCGGCUUGGACAACACCAUUUUGCUGCAUUCAGCAAGAGAUGCUGCAGCAGCGGCAUAUUCCCUCUCAAGCGAUUACGAAGACUCGCUGCUGAGGGGCCCUCUCCGCGCGAGAGCCCUUUACAGAGCCCGCGUACAGCAGCGGCAGCAGCAACAGCGGCAACAGCAGCAGCAGCAAAAACAGCAGCAGCAGCAGCAGCAGCCAGAGGUACGGUAUUUGCUAGAUGAGGUGCUGCAGCAGUACACCCCUUGGGUCCACGGCGAGUCGAUGAGGGUUUUGCUGCUGCAGAAUGAAUUCCAAGGCGCUCUUCUUCUCUUUGAUUGCCUCCUCACCUUGAGGCAACGCCUGCGCCACGAACUCCAUACACUGCAGCAGCAGCAGCAGCCACAGCAGCAACAACAGCAGCAGCAACAGCAUUGGCAGCGGCAGCAGCUACAGCAACAGCAGCAGCAGCAGGACCUACUGCCGGAUCUGCCGCCUGGGGUGUUGGAUUUGGCUUUGCGGGCGUUGGAAGGCGCGAGACUAACGGGAGUGUCUCCUUCGUGGGCCUCAAUUGCCCCCCUGUUUUCUUCUUCUUUUCCUUCUUCUUCUUUUUCUUCUUCUUCUUUUUCUUCUUCUUCUUCUUCUUCUUCUUCUUCUUCUUCUUCUUCUUCUUCUUCUUCUUCUUCUUCUUCUUUUUCUUCUUCUUCUUCUAUUGCAUCUGUUUUUUCUGCGACUCCUCUGUCUCCUUGCCCCCCUGCUUCCUCUCUGUCUCCUUCUCCUGUCUCCGCCUCCUCGCCUCGAUGGAAACUGAGAAGACAGCUGGCGGGCUUGUCAAGGGGAAGGCUUCGUGCAGCAGAACAGCUCGAGAGAUAUCUGCAGACGCGAGAACAAACGAAUUUACAUUUGUAUAUCCCCCACAAACCGCAACUCGAUGCCCAGCUUCCAGACCAAAGCACCGCUGCAGCAAAUGCAAAGGCUCGGCUGAUGGAGGCGGAGUCUGUAGAAGAAUGGAGCAGAGAACUGGCAAACUUAAGGAAAGAACAGAGAGAAGGCCAAACGCGAAUUUGGAGGGCAGACGAAGAACAAAUAAUUAAAAAACUCGUCAGCAAAUUCGGAGGGGUCGCCGCCAUACAGACACUUCACAAGCAAGCCCAGCAGCAGCAGCAGCAACAGCAGCAGCAGGAGCAGCAGAGGUGCCAGCCGUACCAGAAACUGCAACAGCACGGAACAAAGAGAGCGCAGCAGCAACAGCAGCAACAUGAACGGCAGCAGCUCCACAAGAUACGGCAGCAGCAGCAGCAGCAGCAGCACCCUCCUGAGCCGUCGCCGCCUCAGCAGCAACAGAAGCAAAACCAGGAGGAGGAAAAACUCGUGCGUAUGCCUUCGCCUUUACAUUUUUGUGAAUCGGAUAUGGCUGCGGUGCUGCUGCUACCGCCUCUCCUCUGGUCUUCUGCCUUGGAGACUGAAAUGGCGCGAGGGGCCCCACGUGAAGUCCAGUCCAUUUUGGAGCUCCUCUUCAAAGUAAAUGCUGCUGCGGCUGCUCGUUCUGCUGCUAGUGUUGCUUCUGCUGUUUCUCUUUCUGGUGUUUAUGCUGGUGGUGCUGUUGAUGUUGCUGCUGCUUCUCUUGCUGCUCUUGUUGCUAAUGCUGCUGCCAGUGCUCUUUCUGCUGCUAGUCCUGCUGCCGCUGCUGCUGCUGUUAGUAGCAUCGGAGGCUCCGCUGUUGCCUUUGCUGCUGCUGCUUUUUCUGCUGUUGUUUUGGAUCCGACGGCAUCGCUUGACUCGUCUUUAUCUCGGCAGGUACUGCGUCCUUUCCCUGUUGCGUUUUCUCUUCUUUUGUUCUUCGGCCGCUCGCGGUUCGCCAGCGCGGCUGUGGAUUUGUUUUCAUUUUGGUUGGCUCUAACCAAAGCAGAGACUACAGGUCGAUGGGAGUUGUCUCUGGAGGCCGUUGAGGCAUUCCUGCGCAGUCGUAAAUGGCUCAUUUCUGAGGUGUAUGCACACCCAACCGACGGAGGUGCUCGCCGUUUGCGUCUUCACUUCUUUCAUGCUUCUCUGUCUCGCGCUCUGCGUCUUCUGGCCUGCCAGUUAGCUAGCCACUCCUUAGCAGCUAGCGGCGAGCUGCAGCAGGUACAAGAAGACUUCGCGAGGAAAUGCGCCGCCUGGUGUGGCGGAUGUGGGGCCCCACAGUGGUCUGAACAGACACCCCAGGCCCGGUCUCUUAAUGCCUUGCUUGAGGAGGAGACAGCCUUUGCUUCUCUUAAACGGGAGUUGAACAAAUUCCGCCGAGGCCGCCUUACGCACUUCAUUGCGCAGGACUCACCAGGCGUGCAGAUAGCUCACGCGACACAGCAAACUGCUUCUAAGAGAUAG